AUGAAAGUCAUUAAUGAUCAUAUGGGUGAUUUCAUAGAGGAAUUUGCUAGAUUGUAUGACUAUGCUAAAGAGUUGAAGUCUACAAAUCUAGGAACUACUAUGGUUGUUAGGACAUCCAAGAAUACAAUUCCUGGAAAAGAGGUAUUCCAAGGGAUUUAUAUUUGUCUUGGAGCAUUAAAAAGUGGUUGGAUGGAGGGGUGUAGAAGGAUAAUUGGUUUUGAUGGUGCAUAUCUGAAAGGUGUAUGUAGAAGUGAAUUGAUGUCUUGCAUUUCCAAGGAUAGAAAUAAUCAGAUGUACCUUGUAGCAUGGGCAAUAUUUAAUAAAGAAUCCAAGGACACAUGGUCUUGGUUUAUCAAGUGCAUCAAACAUGAUUUGGAACUGACACAAAUUGAAGGUGAAAGACUGACAGUUAUGUCUGAUAUGCAGAAGGGUCUUAACCUAGCACUUGUUGAUUUAUUGCCAAAUGCUGAGAUUAGAUGGUGUGCUAGACAUAUAUGGGCCAACUGGAAGAAGCUAUGGAGUGGUGAAGAAAGGAGGAAGAAGUUUUGGAAUUUUGGACAUAACAAGAAAGGAUGUCCAAUUGCUAAAAAUGGCUAUACUACUGGAACUGCAAGAACUGCUACAGGUAAAAGUGGUGGUGCAACUAUUUUAGCAGCUUCUACAGGCGUAACUGCUGGUGGAAGUGAUGGUGCAACUACUAAAAGACCAGCCACUACUUCAGCAGCUUCUGGAGGUGCAACUACUGGUAGAAAUGGUGGUGCAACUACUUCAGUAGCUUCUACAGGUGUAACUGCUGGUGGAAGUAGUGAUGCAACUACUAAAAGACCAGCCACUACUUCAGCAACUUCUAGAGGUGCAACUAUUGGUGGACGUGCUGCAAAUAUUUCUGUAAAUUUUGCAAAUGUUGCUCAACCAACAAGUCAAUUUAGUACUCAACAGUCAACUACUAGUGCUAGUGGCUCAAAGAAGAGUAACAAAGUUAAAAGAGGUGGUGCAAAUCCCGAAUAUAAAAGGCCAAGAACAACUGGUUUUGGUGUGCUCUUUGGAGUAAAUGGUAGUGUGAUUGAGAGGUCUGGAACUACUGAUAGAGUGUUACAUUGUGCACCAUUGAAUAGUUCAAUGCCUACCAAUAUCGAUCUUGGUUACAAACCCAAUGGACUAAGGUGGAAGGGUGGAGCUGCAGCUACUCAAAGGCAACUACAAGAACAAACUAAGACGGGGUCCCUUUGUUGUGUGGCUGCAAGGCCACAUGGGUCCAAUGCAGCUAGUGGAGAAUGGUCCAUGGGGCCACAUGAGCCUUACUGGCGGACUAAUUCAAGCUUCUCCCCAGCACCAUCCAGAUGGGAUUUCCGCUUCCAACCUGAAACAUUAUCCUUUGGCUCUAAUGAUGGAGUUCAAUUGUAUGGAUCUUCUGCUUCAUCAAACAGUAGAGAUAGUAGAAGUUGGGUGAGGGGGAACCAAUUGGCCAAUCACCAAUAUCUCAUAUCAGAUGGUGUUGGUGUAUACUGUAGUAGCCCAUCGGACAUCUCUCCAGCACAACAGUGGACUCCACCAGCUAUCCAAGAAAUCAACAUUGAUGAUUUUGGUACUUCAAGAAGGGAUGCAAUUACGAGGCCAUUUUCAUUUUCACCCACAAUGGAGGGAGCAUCAAUUGCUAGGGAUGGCAGAGGCUCAACUUCAUCCCGAUCUGACAGUAGUGACUGUGAUUCAAUCACCAAGUCCCAUUCAUCUUAUCGUAGCUUCCCGAGUCGCCGUUUCUUUAUGUCAAAACCCAUACAUCCUCUCUCAUUUCCAACUGAAACAACACCUAGAAGAGAAGCUAUUGACAGCCUCUCAGCAGGUUUUCUAGAAUUUGAUGCCUCAACAUCACAAAGAGAUAAACACCGCUUGAGCAGUGCUAGUGGCAGUCUUGACUUGACAGAGGCCUCUGAAUCUUUUCAAUCUGACUUCCUAAGUAAACCUUGUAACCCUUCAGAUGGUUUCAGAUGUGGGUUAUGCGAGAGGUUUCUUUCACAAAGAUCGCCUUGGAGUUCCCGACGAAUUGUGAGAAGUGGGGAUAUGCCAGUUGCUGGGGUCCUUUCAUGCCGCCAUGUAUUUCAUGCUGAAUGUUUGGAGCAAGCUACACCAAAAUCAUGUAAAAGUGAUCCUCCAUGCCCAAUCUGUGCCAAGCUUGAAGAAGACAGUUCUCCAGAGCAGCGAGUUUUCUCCAAGUUCUUUCCUAGGCUUAAAACAUUCAGUGAAGAAGGACCAUCCAAGCCUUGGGGCUGUGCUCAUUCUGGAGAUUGUGUCGAAGGGGCUUUGCAUGGACCAUCUCGUGGCACUAUGCUCUCACUAAACAAGAACCAAAUUAGGAAAAAUCUUUCUUUGAAAGGUAAUUCAGGCAAGGAAUUUCCGGGUAAAUUAAGAAAAACUAAUACAUUUUCGUCACAGCUUUUUAUUGGAUCAGUUGAUCAUGCAAUGGUGGGAUCUUCAAAAGCAUCAGCAGGUUCCGGGCUGAAGUAACAACUGAAUUUUGUAUAUAAUUGCAGGCUGAUGUCCGUGGCCUUUCGUGGUUGGUGUCCUAAUCGUCUUAACUUUUCCUGUUUAUUGAAUUAGAAUCUUUAGUGGCUUAAUCAUGUUGUAAUAUGUAAUGUGGUGUAAAUUGUGUAUGCACUUGAAAAGGAUUCAAACAAAUUGCAUCUUUUGUGUAAGUUUUUAACUGAUAUUUGAUCAUUGAACCAAUAUAUGUGGGAAAUUGUUAUUUGCAAGUUGUAGGCAUUGAACAAA